CGCAUUUCGUGGUUUUCAAAACAGGAGAACAAGUUAGACUUCGACCCUGAAAGAACUGCGCUUAGUUGCAGACAGCCUCCAAAUCUUGGCCAGUAUUUUUGCAAUAUUUUACAAACAUGAUUUCAACGCUCAGACAUCUUUCAAGACGAUCAGGUGUUGCUUACAGAGUGUUCGUAGCACCGGCAUCGAGCAGCCCAGUACAAAAACAAGAUUCGCUGGAAGCUUCUGCUAAAGAUUCCAAUACUGAAAUCGUCACAUCCAAACCUUCAGUGAACAUUCCCUUUGCGAAGAACUUAUUUCUUGGAAAAUUUGAUAAAGACGUGUUGGUUUAUCCCGAAAUAGCCGAUAAGGAGGAAUGGGAUGACCUCAAUCAGAUGCUACAACCCAUCGAGAGAUUUUUUGACGAAGGAGUUGAUUCAAAAGCCAUCGAUACAAAUGCGGAAAUCCCUGACGACACCAUGCAGCAACUGAAGGACCUCGGUCUGUUCGGUCAGCAGAUUCCACAAGAAUAUGGUGGACUUGGACUCAAUGCUACCAAAUAUGCCAGAAUAGCGGAGAUAACAUCACAAGAUGGCGGCAUCGCUGUAACACUGGCCGCCCACCAGUCUAUUGGUCUCAAGGGAAUCUUGAUUGCUGGUACCGAGCAGCAGAAACAGAAGUACCUCCCUCGGCUGGCAACUGGAGAACACGUAGCAGCCUUCUGCCUCACGGAACCCUCCAGUGGCAGUGACGCAGCAUCCAUCCAGUCCCGCGCCAUUCUGUCUGAUGACGGCAGAUUCUUUCACCUCACCGGCAGUAAGAUCUGGAUCUCUAAUGGAGGAAUUGCUGACAUCUUUACUGUGUUUGCGAAGACCGAAGUCACAGAUAGUCAUGGUGAGAAGACAGACAAAGUGACUGCCUUCAUUGUGGAGAGAGGGUUUGGUGGCAUUACAAGCGGCAAGCCCGAGGACAAGCUUGGAAUCCGGGGAUCAAACACAUGUGAAGUUCACUUUGACAACACCCCAGUUCCAGUGGAGAAUGUGAUCGGUGAAGUGGGAGGCGGAUUCAAGAUGGCUAUGAACAUCCUCAACAGCGGCAGAUUCAGCAUGGGCAGCUCCGGAGCUGGGAUACUCAAGAAAGUUAUCGGAUGGACAGCUGAGCAUGCAGCCACCAGGUCGCAGUUCGGUCGGAAGCUGGCCGAGUUUGGCUUGAUUCAGGAGAAGUUUGCCAAGAUGGCUGUGACCGUGUAUGCUAUGGAGAGCAUGGCGUACCUGACGGCUGGCAUCAUCGACCAGUACGACCAACCUGACUGUUCCGUGGAGGCGGCUAUGGUGAAGGUGUUCAGCUCUGAGGGCUGUUGGAGCUGUGUCAGCGAGUGCCUGCAGACCCUGGGCGGCCUUGGCUACAUGAAAGACUACCCCUACGAGAGGUUCCUCCGAGAUGCCAGGAUUCUACUCAUAUUCGAGGGUACGAACGAGAUCCUGCGACUGUUUAUAGCCCUGCAGGGAAUACAACAUGCUGGGAAAGAGCUGAAGGAGUUGGUCAAGAAACUACGUAACCCGAUGGCCAACCCUGGGCUGGUGUUCUCCACUGCUGUCGGCCGACUGAAGAGCUCCGACAACCCCAAGCUGUCACUCCGCCUCAAUGAAGAGGUGCAUCCCAGUCUCAAGGAUUCCUCUGCGCUGCUGGAGAGAGGAGUUCUUCGAUUCCAGAAAGCCGUGGAAGGUGUUCUCACCAAACAUGGAAAUAAAGUUAUUCAUGAGCAGAUGGAGCUAAAGCGUCUUGCUGACGUUGCCAUCGACCUGUACGCCAUGACGGCAUGUAUCGGACGGUCAUCGAGGUCCUACUGUAUAGGCCUCCGCAAUUCAGACCAUGAGCUUAUUCUGGCAAAGACAUUCUGCAAUGAGGCCUACGUGAGGAUAGACGAGAAACUGAAGGAACUAUCAAUGGGUCCUGUGGAAAACAUGGAUGCCAACUAUCGCCAGAUUGCAGAGACGAUCUUCAAGCAUGGUGGAUAUGCUGCAGAACACCCCCUGCAGAGAAAUUGGUAGGAAGGGAGACAACUCUUCUUGGAUAGCGUCAUACACCAUCCUUGCCACUGUUUCAACUUGGAAAAAGAGUUUCUUUAAUCUAAUUUUCUCAGGUUCUGUUGUCACAUAAAGUAAUGUACAUCAUCAUCAAUGACACAAAACUACUUGUCCUUCGAGUGAGGCACAGGGUCAAUGGGUUGUUGAGGCUAGAAUUGAAUCUAAUUUCAGGGUUAUUCAAAUACAGAAGUUGUCACCGACUGUGAGCUACAGACACAUGGAUAGAUAUCUAUCUUUCUGCUAAUUAUUUUAUGUCAAUCACAACUGUUGCCAAUGGAGCAAGUAAAUGUGCGUGACAAAAUUAGACCUUCUUUUGAGGUAUCGCCUCCCAUGAGACUGUUGGCAAAGUGUUUGCAAAAUGGAAUAAUUGUCAGCAAGACAAAAAGUACAGCCACACGAUCAAAAUAUUGCCAUUUUUUGUUUUUCACUGCAUUAACUUUGUCCUAAUCAUGUACGGUCACCUGAUGGAUAAUGAAGAAUGCGCCAGUGUUUCUAUGGUUCACUGGUUGUAAUAGUGUGUCUGUAGUGAACAGUUGCAUUGGUUGAAUCAGUUCACCAUUUGAUGUCAGACGUAUUUUCAUUAUACAUUUUUACUUUACUUGAGAACUCAUUGAACCAGAGCAGAAACGUGAAUGCUAUUCCAUUCAGUAUGUGAUCAAUUUACAUAAUUAUCAAGUUGAUCAGUUGUCUUUCAGUAUUUAUUUUGAAUUUGUGAGUAUUUUUCUGUCCUGUAUAUCAAUAGAUGUUGGAGAAAAGAUACUAUUCAAAAGAAGGUAAAAAAAGAUCCACCCAAUUCUUUCAUAACUAUUGUUAAUGUGUGUUGCCAUGACAUUCAGUUAUAACUAUUACAUACCACUCAAAAAAAGUUAAGAACACAUAAUUAUUUCAUAUGACUAGUCAUAUUUGUCAUCUCAUGACAGACUAACUGUAUUCAUAUUAAAGAAUCUGGGGUUCAACUUUCUUUUGAAUGGUAUGUAAUAAUUGUAUUUAUUCCAAGUACCUGUUGUUAGAGGCGAGUGUAUAUUGUGUGCAUGUGUAUUUAAUUAUGGGUGCCUAGGUAUUUUCAUAUAAUAUCCUAAUUAGAUAAAUUUUGAUGUCCUGAAUAUUUGUCUAUGACAACACAUAGACAUUGUAUUAAUCAGGAAUUCUAUAAAACAUGCUGCCAUUGAUUCAUAUUAUUGAAUAUAUUGUACAAUUUGCUGGAUUUAUAAAAAGAAGAUGUAAAUAAAUCAUUGCUAUACA